CUUUUGUUAACCUGACAUAUUAAGUACAGUUAGCUGACAAAGCUAGCCGGCAAAAUAUAUUCGGGUAUAGUAGCUAGAUUUGCUGCUUCAUAGCUUGUCUCAUUGUUCGUGGCCGGUUCAGUGAGCUGGAAGAAAAUGGAUUACGUGAUGCUAACGGCUCACCCUAGCUGAUGCAACUUUACUCGGUCAUUGUCAUUAUACAAUCAGCUCAUUUAAACCCGUUAGUUAGCUGGCUCAGUAAUCUGGUGCAGCUAAAUAGCUAGAUUGUUGGGCGUAUGCAUAACCUUAAAUCACAACUACUGCCACGAUGAUGCUCCAGGAUGGCUCUACACAGCUUCUUUGUCUCACAGCCAGCAGCGGGGUCCCUCUUUUCACAAGAGGAGCCUCCAAACAGCUGCCCUUCUCUGUCAUAGGCUCUCUAAAUGGUGUUCACAUGUUCGGAGGUGGUCAGGGGGUAGUGUUGACCUGCUCUGAGACGCAAGGUGGAGGGAAGGUGGUGUGGAGAGUUUUCCAUGACAGUGUGAUGCUCAUCGCUGUGAGUGGAGGUGGAGAUGGCGGAGUGGGCAGCAGCAAAGAGGAGGAGGCCCGUCUACAACGCCUCCUAGAGAAUGUGUGGGGCUGCAUGGUGCUGGUGUUAGGGCUGGAUGAGCUGGUUAAUGUCCGGAAUGUUGAGAGGCUUAAAAGGGAACUCAGGUCCUGCUUCAGUCUUAUUGAUGAGCUGCUGGAGGACAAGCAGGAGGGUAUUCUGGGAAACCUUACACAUUGUGCUGAUUCACUGGUGCCCCCAAACCCCGCUCUUUUUCAGGAGGCAGUGGAUGGUUUUGCUCAGGCUGCAGACAGUGAGUUUGGUUGCCUCGUUGUUCAUGGGCGAAUUGCUACGGCAACUGAAAAGUGGUGGCGCCUCGCUCCGCAGGAAGUUGUCCUGCUUUCUGCUUUGAUACGCUCACUCUCGGCCUCUGGAUCGGCUUCUUGUGAUUACCCAAUUUUCCUUCCUCAUGGCAGCCCCACUGUAGCCCACCGUCUUCUCCGCUUCCAGCUGCUGCCCAGAGCAGACGUAUGUGUGCUGUGCGGUCCAACCCCAUCCCUACAUGGAGCUGAGACUGGGCUAGUGAGUCGUUUCUGGUCUCCCUUGGUCGAGACCCUGAGAGAGUGCCUGGCUGUUGGAGAACGCUACCUACCAGGGUCUGUAUCCCUGCGCCCCGAUGUGCUGGCACUUCUUCUCAUCAACCGCGAAACACGUCGUGCAGUCUCCUGUGUACGGACUCCCAAUUACCAUUACGAUGGUCCAUUACUCUCCAAGGCCCGCUGCUGGGAGCUGCUGAAACUCUUUUAUAUCUUCAGCACAUCACGGUACUUCACCCAGGAAGAGCCUUUAUUUGUCUCCACAGAAGAAAACGCUCAAAGAGGCAACACUGAAGACUUUCCUCUUGGAUUCUCCCACCAGCCCCAACAAUGUUAUCUAGUUACAGAGGAAUGCAAAAGCUAUGGACUUCAAACACCACAGCACCAGCUGUUUCUGCUCAUCUUACCAUCUGUGCCCACGUUUGCGCUGCGUACACUGGCUACACAGACUCUGUCUGAUAUAGUAGCAGCCACAGGGUUUUAAUUGAAUUUCCUGUUUAACACCUUUUUUUUAAUCACAGGUGAAUAGCUAUAACAUUAAUGUGAAUUUACAUUUUCUUUACUGAUUUAUGCAAGCAUAUUAUAUGCUCACACACAAUCAUAAAGAUCAGCUACUAUCUUUUGUAAAGACAGCGAUUAACUGUGCACUGGUAAGCAAAUGUAUGGUAGAAACAAUGAAACACUACUCAAGCUCUUACAGUUUCUACUAUGCUGCCUCUAAUGCUGGCAAAAUAUAAAAACACAUUGAAAUGUCACACCAAAGUGCUUUGAGUUUUGUUUUGCAUCACUGUUGCACAACUGCCCUGCCUCUCUAUAAGCUGGUUAUUACAUUAGAGGGCAGCACUGUAACAAUGUGUAUUAAAAUGUAUUGGAGAAUAAUGUGAAGAUGUUACACUGGAUUUAAAAUUACCUGCUGUUUUUGUUGUUUUGACAUUUUGAAUAGUCUGACCUCAGAGGAGGUAAAAUUAUCUGUUUCUAAAUAUAGUUGGUUAAUUUCUCUGGGUCUUGAUGUCACUGAGUCAGUCAUUCACGUGUUUUCUCAUGUUGAUGGGUCUGCCCACUACUGGCUGAGAGAUUCAUUGCAAAACUCAACAGCUGUAGAACAAAAAGUACAACCUCUAAACCACUUCCUAAAUGAAACUAAAUGUUUUCAGUAUUAUUUAAGUCAGUCAAAGCUGAGUAAUCAAAGUGGUCAAAACUGAACGUUUCCUCCUCGGCACUCUUUGAAUCAGCUGAUAUUUUUGUGCAGUAACUUUAGUAUAUUUAAUAAAGCCUUGCACUGAGAGUGUGAACGUUUUGAGUUACAAGCCCUCGAAGUAUAUGUCUGGGGCCCAAAUGUGGCUGAGGAGACACUAGUACAGGAACUAGCUACAUGAAAUUUUGAAGUCUGAAAAGUACAUUUAAACUGUGUUUUAAAAACUGCAACCAGAUCAAUUGUAUAUCCAGCUGUACAACAGAAAGUACAACCUCAAAACCACUUCCUAAAUGAAACAAAAUGUUUUCAGUAUUAUUUAAGUCAGCCAAAGCUAAGUCAUAAAGUUGGUCAAAUCUGAAAGUUUACACCUCAGCACUCUGAAUCAGCUGAUAUUUUUCUGCAGUAACUUUAGUGUAUUUAAUAAAGCCUUGCACUAUGAAUAUGAACAUUUUAAAUUACAGGCCCUCGAAGUAUAUGUCUGAGGCCCAAAUGUUGCAGAGGAGACACAAGUACAGGAGCUAUGUAACAGUUUAAAGUCUGAAAAGUACAUUUAAUCUAUGUUUUAAAAACUGCAACCAGACCAAUUUUAUAUCCACUCAAGUCUUGUUUGUGUGCAGAAUGGGUAGUUUCGGUAGCAAGACUGCACCAGUUUUAUUGUCCAUGAUGUAAAGUCACAGAAACAAGGACUGGCUGCACUUUUUAUUUGAGCUCAAAUGUGUGUUUAAGAUCAUUUCUGUCUUCCAGCAUUAAGAAGUAAUUAGAGUAAAAAAUGCUGAGAAAAUUAAGCAUUUCGAAAGCCCAUAACCAUAAAAAUGUUCAUAGUAUAAGGGUAAAACUUUGCAUGGUUUCAUUAAAUAUACUUAAGUAUUUAUGUAUUAUGAUCCAGCUAGUAGCAGGUGUAGAACGUUUUUCACAUUUCCAGACAGCUGUGAGACAACUUACAUGCAAGGAAAAUAAAAAAGAGAGAACGUCUUUGCGUUACAAGAAAUUUAUUUUACAGGACUUGAUGGUGUAAUAACAGCUGUGGGUGGUGAUGAAUAAAUGACAGUGUUUUUGCAUUUCUCU